AUGGAGUAUGAACUCCCUCAAACAGCGACGGCGCUCUGGACCAUCGAUUUUCGCACCGGUACUUAUCGAUCUCAAUUCCCAACCCCGACGGGCAACCCGGCAGAUCCAGCGUUAACGUCGCAUGGAGUGCGUCAAUCGCAUGAGCUGGCAGUCCACAUCGCGAGCCCCGAGUUUCACCCCAAACCCUUCCGUGUUUAUUCGAGUCCCUUCUACCGAUGUCUUCAAACCAUUCAGCCCUCGGUUGAAGCCCUCAAGAAGAAGCAGCAGCAGCAGCAGCAAGAGUCCGAUGGUGAAGAUAAGCCUCUUGGGGGUCAUGGACAGCUCGACCCGGCGGCUGACUUGGACGUGAGGAUCGAGAGUGGUCUGGGCGAAUGGUUCGGGCCCACGACCUUCUUCGACCAUCCCUCACAUCCCACUCCAAGUACUAUGCAGAAGCUCUUCCCAACCAUUGUCCCUCCUUCACCUGAGACCAAAUACACCUCUCUCCUACACCCAUCCACGCGCGGCGAAACCAUCGCCCAACUUCAUGACCGCGUGGCUGCGGCUCUUGAAGGAAUCAUUGCCGAAGUGGAUGCGGAGAUCACCACUCUCGAAUCUACUCUUCCCCGGGAUCAGCGGACUAGCAAAUCGAUUCUGAUCUGCGCCCACGCCGCUCCUCUCAUUGCCAUGGGCCGCGUGCUCACUGGACGAAUGCCUGAAGAUUCGUCGGAGGAAGACUUCCAUGUGUUUACCGCUGGAAUGAGCACCUUCAAAAGGCAGCAGAUUCGAGAGAAAGACGAGAGUUACCCUCGAUCUCUUCUCGCCGACGGAACCAAGUUUGUUCGCUGCAAAGGAGUCCCUGCGUGGAAGGAUGGUCGUGGAGUUGGAGGUGGUUGGUCCUGUGUGAAGAAUGGGGACUGCACCUUCUUAAGUGAUGGCGCUGAGCGUGGAUGGCAUUUCAACGGCGAUGAAUCUUUCGACACUGGUCCAAUGGCACCACCUUCUGAGCCUCCUGCUCUGGCGUCGUCGUCUGUGACUUCAGGACAGGGGAGGGCUAAGCUCUAG